CGUACGGGGCGCGAGAGGCCGGCAAACAUGGCGCCCCCCUGCUCCCUCGCCCUGCCCGUGGCUGCCCUGGCCACCUUGGCGCUCUUGUCUCCCCGCAGCUCCGCCGCUGGCCACUUCGAGGAACAAGCAGAGCAGUUCUUUAGAAGCGGCCACACAAACAACUGGGCUGUUUUGGUGUGCACCUCCCGAUUCUGGUUCAAUUACCGGCAUGUUGCAAACACUCUUUCAGUUUAUAGAAGUGUCAAGAGGCUAGGUAUUCCUGACAGUCACAUUGUCCUGAUGCUUGCUGAUGACAUGGCGUGCAAUGCUCGCAACCCCAAGCCAGCCACGGUGUUCAGCCACAAGAACAUGGAGCUCAAUGUGUAUGGAGAUGACGUGGAAGUGGACUACAGAAGCUACGAGGUAACUGUGGAGAACUUUUUGCGGGUAUUAACCGGGAGGGUGCCACCUAGUACUCCUCGUUCAAAGCGUCUUCUCUCCGAUGACAGAAGCAAUAUUCUUAUUUAUAUGACAGGUCAUGGGGGAAAUGGUUUCUUGAAAUUCCAAGAUUCUGAAGAAAUCACCAACAUAGAGCUUGCGGAUGCUUUCGAGCAGAUGUGGCAGAAAAGACGCUACAAUGAGCUGCUGUUUAUUAUUGAUACUUGCCAAGGCGCAUCCAUGUACGAGCGGUUUUAUUCCCCUAACAUCAUGGCCUUGGCUAGCAGCCAAGUGGGGGAGGAUUCGCUGUCUCACCAGCCAGACCCUGCAGUCGGAGUCCAUCUUAUGGACAGGUACACGUUCUACGUCUUGGAGUUUUUGGAAGAGAUUAAUCCAGCUAGCCAAACUAACAUGAAUGACCUUUUUCAAGUUUGUCCCAAAAGUCUCUGUGUAUCUACUCCUGGACAUCGUACUGACCUUUUCCAGCGCGAUCCUAAACAUGUCCUGAUAACCGAUUUCUUUGGGAGUGUGCGGAAAGUGGAGAUCACAGCAGAGACCAUCAGCCUGCCGCGGGACCCGCAAGCCGUGGAGAGCAGCUACGCGGAAGACAGGAUGGAGGAAGAGCUCACGGAACCUCUCCAGUACGCUGAACAGCUCCCGGUGGCUCAGAUAAUACACCAGAAACCAAAGCCUAAAGAUUGGCACCCUCCUGGUGGCUUCAUCCUGGGGCUGUGGGCGCUCAUCAUCAUGGUCUUCUUUAAGACCUACGGGAUCAAGCACAUGAAGUUCAUCUUUUAGACUCAUGGAUGUGGGAAGAAGAACAAAUGGAAGAUUGCAGCCUUGAAUAAAAGCAUAGAUUUUUAUGUUAAAUAUGUUGCUGUGUGUAAAUUUGGGAAGAAAUUAUGAAACAAUUUUAAUGAACGUUUGACUUUAUCAUUAAAAAUACUGUUAAUACA